GACCUGGGCGACUGGUUCCGGAGCAUCCCGCUGAUCACGCGCUACUGGUUUGCGGGCUCCAUCGCGGUGCCACUCAUCGGCAAGUUGGGCCUCGUCAGCCCCGUCUACCUUUUCCUCUGGCCCGACGCCUUCAUCAACCGCUUCCAGAUCUGGCGGCCAAUAACUGCAACUUUCUUCUUCCCAGUGGGACCUGGAACAGGAUUUCUUUAUUUGGUGAAUUUAUACUUCUUGUAUCAAUAUUCAUCACGGCUAGAAACAGGUGCUUUUGAUGGACGACCAGCAGAUUAUAUGUUCAUGCUUCUAUUUAAUUGGAUCUGCAUUGUUAUAACUGGCCUGGCAAUGGACAUGCAGUUGCUGAUGAUUCCUCUCAUCAUGUCUGUACUUUAUGUUUGGGCCCAGCUGAACAGGGACAUGAUUGUAUCAUUUUGGUUUGGGACAAGAUUUAAGGCCUGUUACCUGCCAUGGGUUAUUCUGGGAUUCAACUACAUCAUUGGUGGAUCGGUCAUCAAUGAGCUGAUAGGAAAUCUGGUCGGACACCUGUAUUUCUUCUUAAUGUUUAAAUAUCCAAUGGAUUUAGGAGGAAGGACUUUUCUGUCCACACCUCAGUUCUUGUACCGCUGGCUGCCCAAUAGAAGAGGAGGAGUGUCAGGGUUUGGUGUUCCCCCUGCAAGCAUGAGAAGAGCUGCUGAGGAUCAGCAAGGUGGUGGAAGACACAACUGGGGCCAAGGCUUCCGGCUAGGUGACCAGUGAAGACCUCCUGCCACCGACAGACAGCAAUUCUUUGGUUUCAAUAGCACGUAGGACCGAUCCUCCCUGGUACAGAGCGUGCUUAAGAAUGAGCUCUUUGUAGUAUUGUUGGAUUUAGCACGAUUAUUUUUUUCUGGUGCAAGACAAAAUUAAAAAUUCCAGAAGGGAAAAAUGUAGAUCUUGCUCCAGGUUAGCAGGUAGUAUUCAAUUUGAUUCUGCCAUUAAAAAAGCCUUCUUUGUA